AUGUCUGCUCUGAUCGAUGAGGCAACGCGCAUUGCGCGAGAAUUCGACUACCCCGCGGACCAGGUGCAGCGCGGGGUCGCCGAGUACAUCAAGCAGAGUAACGAUGGUUUGGCCCAGGAGGGGACCACGCUGAGCCAGAUCCCUACCUUUGUGACUGCGGUGCCCAAUGGCUCCGAAAAGGGCUUGUAUCUGGCUGUUGACCUGGGUGGCACCAACUUCCGGGUGUGCUCAGUCCAACUGCACGGCGACACCACAUUCUCUCUUACGCAGUCCAAGAUCAUGAUUCCCCGGGAGUUGAUGGCUUCCGGCACCUCCAAGGACCUGUUCCUCUUCCUGGCGCGGCAAAUCGAGGCAUUCCUGCGGAUUCACCACAAUGAGCACUUCGAGGCUCACCAGCGCCGGCGCCGCGACGGCAACAACGAGGAGGAUCUGUUCGACCUGGGCUUCACCUUCAGUUUCCCCGUGCGCCAGUGUGGGAUCAACCGCGGCACCCUCAUCCGGUGGACCAAGGGCUUCAACAUCCCCGACGCUGUCGGCCAUGACGUCUGCGCACUGCUCCAGUCAGCUAUUAAUGAGCUGCACCUGCCUGUGCGCGUGGCUGCACUGGUCAAUGACACCGUGGGGACGCUGAUGGCGCGCUCGUACACUUCGCCCGGCGAGACGGGCACCUUCCUGGGUGCCAUCUUCGGAACCGGCACCAACGGCGCCUACGUGGAGAAGAUCGACAGGAUCACCAAGCUCCAGAAGAUGGAGGAUGCGCACUACGACACCUCAACGGGCGAAAUGAUCAUCAACGCCGAGUGGGGUAGCUUCGACAACCAUCUGAGUGUGCUGCCCAGCACGGUCUAUGACCACGAUCUGGACGCUGACAGCAACAACCCUGGUGUGCAAAUGUUCGAGAAGCGGGUCUCGGGCAUGUUCCUGGGUGAGAUCCUGCGUCUCGCGCUGCUGGCCAUGCAUAACAACCCGGACCUGGGCCUGUUCAAGCCCAGCAAGACCUCAAAGGUCGUCACUCCGGAGAAUUCAACACUCUACCGGCAGUGGGGGCUUGAUACCAGUCUCUUGAGCCAGGUGGAGGCCGACAACACCGCGGAGAUGGAGGAUGUCAAGGCAGCCCUCAAGGACCAUCUGAAGAUUGAGAACCCCAGCAAUGACGAGUGCCAGGCCGUCAAGAUCCUGGUCCAUGCCAUUGGCAAGCGUGCCGCCCGUCUCAGUGCUGUCCCGCUGGCCGCCAUCCUCAUUCACACUCGCAAGCUCGAGACCGAUGACAUUGUCGACGUCGGGGUGGAUGGUAGCCUCGUUGAGUUCUACCCCAACUUUGAGGGGUACAUGCUCGAAGCCCUGCACGAAGUGCCACAGGUCGGCGCUGCUGGAGCCAAGAAGGUCCGCGUCGGCAUUUCCAAGGAUGGUAGCGGGGUUGGUGCCGCCCUCAUUGCGCUGGUUGCCAGCAAAGACGAGACACUGCAGAAUCCGUCGGAGAAAUGA